UUUGACAUGAAUACCGGAAGCCCGUGAUUGCACCAGACAAAUCGACCUAAGAAAAGUUAUCAUAGUUAAAUGCGUUCAUAUUUAUAAUAUAUAAUAUACCGACUUUACGCAGAACGUAACUUUAUGUGUUUAGUCGCCACGGGUUUGUGUUCGGAAGGACGUUUUGUAUGCAUAUAUUACUUCUCGCAAACUUUGCCCCCUGACUAUCGUUGUUACAUCGUGGCUUUUUUUUUAGUUGUGGCAAACUUAAAGUUGAGCUCAAACUCAUUAACUCGACUAUAUCAGGUCUGGCACUUUAUAAAGUCCCUUAGAACAGUAACAUGCCAUUGGCACAGUUUCCAGAUCCGUUUCAGAAGUUACCCUUAAGCAAUGACACAGAGCAGGUCACUGAUGAUGCCAUGGGGGAAGAGGACCAUGUUGAAAGUGAGGACUCUGCUGUAGAGAUCAACAUCACCAAUGUGGUUAAAGAAGGCUCAGAGAAGGCUGACCCGUCACACUUUGACCUCCUCAAAGUUCUAGGACAGGGCUCCUUUGGCAAGGUGUUUCUGGUGAAGAAAAUUACAGGCCCAGAUGCAGGCCAGCUCUAUGCCAUGAAAGUGCUAAAGAAGGCCACGCUUAAAGUGAGGGAUCGUGUGCGGACCAAGAUGGAGAGGGAUAUCCUGGUGGAUGUCAACCACCCCUUCAUUGUCAAACUUCACUACGCCUUCCAGACAGAAGGGAAGCUUUAUCUGAUCCUUGACUUCUUGCGAGGAGGUGACUUGUUUACUCGGUUGUCCAAAGAGGUCAUGUUUACUGAGGAGGAUGUUAAGUUCUACCUGGCUGAGCUGGCCUUGGCGCUUAAUCACCUUCACACUCUUGGGAUCAUCUACAGGGACCUCAAACCAGAGAAUAUUCUUUUGGAUGAAGAGGGUCAUAUCAAAUUGACAGAUUUUGGCCUGAGUAAGGAAUCGGUGGACCAUGAAAAUAAGGCCUACUCUUUCUGUGGGACGGUGGAGUACAUGGCCCCAGAGGUGGUGAACCGCAGAGGCCACACCCACACAGCUGAUUGGUGGUCCUAUGGGGUCCUCAUGUUUGAGAUGCUGACGGGGACGUUGCCCUUCCAGGGAAAAGACCGGAAAGAGACGAUGACCAUGAUUCUCAAGGCCAAGCUCGGCAUGCCACAGUUCCUGAGCGCUGAGGCCCAGUCGUUGCUGCGGAAUCUCUUCAAGCGCAACCCUGGCAACCGCUUAGGAGCAGGGCCCGACGGUGUUGAGGAAAUUAAGAGACACGCAUUCUUCUCAACUAUUGACUGGAACAAACUGCUCCGUAGGGAAAUCCCACCUCCCUUCAAGCCGGCCACUGGAAGAAGAGACGACACUUUUUACUUCGACAAGGAGUACACCGCCAGGACCCCACGUGACUCUCCUGGUGUACCCCCCAGUGCAAAUGCUCACCAGCCCUUUAGGGGUUUCAGUUUUGUGGCCAUUUCUGAAGAGGAAUGUCAGCCCCCCACCACACAGCAUUGCCCCCCUCUGAGUAAUGCGCGUAAUGCACGUCAGUUCUCUGAUGUGUACGAGUUGAAGGAGGACAUCGGAGAGGGAUCCUACUCCGUCUGUAGGCGCUGCAUACAGCACAGCACUGGAGCCGAAUACGCCGUCAAGAUCAUCAACAAGUCCAAGAGAGACCCAGCUGAGGAGGUGGACAUUCUGCUUCGCUACGGCCAGCACCCCAACAUCCUCACACUCAAAGACGUGUAUGAUGAUGGGCGGUCAGUCUACCUGGUCACUGAACUGAUGAAAGGGGGGGAGCUGCUGGAUAAGAUCUUGCGUCAGAAGUUUUUCAGUGAGCGUGAGGCAAGCGCUGUGCUACACACCAUCACUAAAACCGUGGACUACCUGCACUCACAGGGGGUGGUCCACAGGGACCUGAAGCCCUCCAAUCUCCUGUACGUGGACUCCUCUGGUGAUCCCUCCUCCGUUCGCCUGUGUGACUUUGGCUUCGCCAAGCAGCUGCGGGCCGAUAACGGCCUUCUCAUGACACCCUGCUACACCGCCAACUUCGUUGCUCCCGAGGUUCUGAAGAAACAGGGCUAUGAUGCUGCGUGUGAUAUCUGGAGUCUGGGUGUUCUCCUCUACACCAUGCUGACAGGCUUCACUCCAUUUGCUAACGGGCCUGAUGACACUCCAGAGGACAUUCUGACUCGUAUUGGCUCCGGAAAGUUCUCCCUGACUGGUGGAUACUGGAACUCUGUCUCUGCAGAGGCCAAGGACCUGGUCUCUAAGAUGCUGCACGUGGACCCUCACCAGCGCUUAACAGCCGCUCAGGUCCUGCGCCACCCGUGGAUUGUCCACAAGGACCGUUUACCUCAAUUCCAACUACAGCGACAAGACGCUCCCAAUCUGGUCAAGGGUGCGAUGGCUGCAACCUACUCGGCUCUGAGCCGCCAUGUGUCCCCUGCUCUGGAGCCAGUGGGUCGCUCUACACUGGCCCAGCGCCGCGGGGUGAAGAAGUUGCCCUCCACCGCCGUCUGACCUCAGAGUCACCUCUGCUUUACCUCAACAUGACCCCUCAGAUGACCUCAAGAUGACCUUUGGAUAACCUUUGGACAACUUUCAGACAACUUCCAGACCACCACUACCAAGUAUGGUAUGAACCAUAUCUGUGUGCAGAUGAGGACUAUCAAUAAGAAAAUGACCGAGAGAUGGACUUUUGAUACACUGUGUUUAGUUUUUGAACAUUUCUAUUUCAUUCUGCCAUGCUUUAGAACGUUCCGCCUAGUUAUAUCAAUUUAUACUGCCUCCCUCACCAAGUACAAACACUGAAUCUGUGUCUAAACACCUUCCAUUAUGCAGCUGAUGCCUCAGUAGGACUCCUACACAAGUUGACCUUAACAGCUGCUGAGUUAAAGAUUUAAUAGUCAGUUAAUAGUUAGUUAAUAAAGUUAAAUGGUGAACAGAUGGGAAAGGUUCAAGCUAGCCUACCUAGCAUACUAACAUGACUGAGCAUUAGCAUGGACCGCUCAGAUAGCAUAUCGCUGAUGACUUGUAAAACAGUGAAAAUAUAGCUAUAGUUUUGGUUAUACCUAAUGAUUGCCAUGCUUAUUCAUCUUUCUGAUUCCUGAAAUCACAGCACAGACCUGAUUUAGUUUGUCAUAAUUGCGUUCUUAGAUGUUAAACAUACACAGGAGA